UAAUGAGUAAUUUGAAUAGUUAAUUUUUGACAAGACUUCAUUGUUCAUUUGAAACUAAAUAUUAUUUGGUUUUUGUGAUGGAGUAUUUUAAAUAGAUAUUUUAGUUAUUGUCAUGGAGGUGAAUUAUUUUUUCAUCUUAGAAAAAUGGGAACUUUAAAUGAAGAAGUUGCUAAACAAUACUUUGUAUAAUUAUGUUUAGCAAUCUAUUAUCUUCAUGAAUAAAAUAUAAUAUAUAGAGAUUUAAAACCAGAAAAUAUCUUAUUAGAUAUAGAUGGGUAUAUUAAAUUGUCUGAUUUUGGUCUUUCAAAACCAAAUAUGACGAGAGAUAAAUCAAGUUAUUCUUUUUGUGGAUCUCCUGAAUAUAUGUCACCUGAAAUGGUAUCUAAAAGAGGACAUAAUCAUAUGUUAGAUUGCUAUAGUUUAGGAACAGUUUUGUAUGAAUUUAUAUAUGGGUAUCCACCAUAUUAUGAUUCGAAAUUAUAAAACAUUUUAAACUCAAUUUAAUAUGAUAAAUUAGAAUUUCCUGAUCAUAUUAAAAUAAGUGAUUAACUUUAAAAUCUUUUGACUAAUUUAUUAAUUAAAGAUUAAAAUUAAAGAUUAGGAAAAAAUAAUGGAAUUGAAGAUAUUUUAAAACAUUAAUGGUUGAAUAAUUUUGAUUACACAGCCCUUUACAAAAAAUAGUUAAAUAUAAGUUAUAAACCUUUGCCCCUUUAAACAAAUUUUAAUACUGUAGAAUUCAAUAAAGGGGAUAAAGAAUUUUAAUAAAAAUUGUAAGAUAAUUUGUAUAGAGAAAAAUAAGCAAAGUUUGAAUAAAUUUUCCCAAACUUCGAUUAUAUUUCAAUUUAAAUUAAAAGUAAAAGAGAGUAGUUUAUUGAGAAGAUUAAAUAUACUAGUUUAAAAUCUACUCUGUAAACUGGUAUCAUUAAAAAUAAAAUUUAAACUCUUUCUUUAAAUGGUAAAAACAUAUAAAUUUACUUUAAUAUAGCCCCUUAAUUAAGUGCAAUAUGUCCAAAAUUUUAAUCUGUAAAGAACUCAUCGAUAGCAUAAUCUUCUUCUACUUAAUCUUUUAGAAAUUCUUCAUCUAGUAAGAGAUUUAAUACCGAUUAUGACAUUCAGAAAUUACUAAAAUUUAAAUAAUGA